CACUCGUCCCGCGCAGUUUUCACAUCCACUGAAUUCUCUCGCCGUUCGAGAGUGUUCACGCCCGAAUCUCAAAAUGCCACCAGCUGGUGCAGGCCGCCGCUUUUUCCUCCUCCUCAUACUCGGUUGCGGACUCGCCUCCAUACUAUUCAUCUCGACCUUCCGCGCCCAGCCACAAGGGACACAACAACCUGGCAGCGUUGUAAGCCCAGCGACAGCACACCAUAACGACAUUAGCAGCGACACCUUGAAGGGGCAUGUUAUUGCACCGAGGCUUGGAAACGAGACGAUCAAGGCCGAACUAGGACGCGCGGCAUGGAAAGUCCUGCACACCACCUUUGCGCGUUUCCCGGAUGAGCCGACGCAAGAUGAGAAGACUGCGCUCCAGUCUUACAUCCACUUGUUCCAACGUUUAUACCCAUGCGGCGAAUGCGCAGAACAUUUCAGUUUGGUUCUUGAAAAAUACCCGCCGCAGGUCUCAUCAAGGUCAGCGGCAGCGGCGUGGGGUUGUCACGUUCACAAUGUAGUCAACAAGCGUCUCCACAAGGAGCUAUUCGACUGCUCCAAGAUUGGCGAUUUCUACGAUUGCGGAUGCGCCGAUGGCGAGGAAACGGCCAGCGGGGAGAAGAAGGCCAGUACAGCAGCCUAAGGUCGACCAUAAUGGAGACGAGCCUUUGACGCUUGAGAAGGAACCGGGAUGGACCAACGGCGGUUGAGGUGGCUAUUAUAAUGCAGCCAUGUCUUAGUCUUACAUGUGACCCAGCGAAACUGCUGCAGUCGACCGGAUUUGUAGAAACAUCUGAAGUUGAUCGGCGUACGGAAAUUGGGACCGGUUGUCUGACGGUACACGGCGUUCUUCAAUCUGGAGACUAGAGAAUAGAAAAAUAUACCCACCUGAUUUGGAUCACCUAUAGGAGAAGGGCUGGAGAGAUUUAGGCGGAC